AUGUGGGACCGGCUGCGGGGCAGUCGGGCGGCGGGCGGCGGCCGGAGCGCGGCCGCGAUGGCGCAGCGUGACGAGAAGGGGCCGGCAGCGGCGGCGGGCGAGGGCGAGCCGCGGGCCGGGGCAGGGACCGGGACAAGCACCGGGACCGGGACCGUGGCAGAGACCGGGACCCAGCAGGGGCCGAGCGGGGCCGCCGCGCCCUUCCAGCCCCCCGAGGGUGGCUUCGGCUGGGUGGUGGUCUUCGCCGCCGCCUGGUGCAACGGCUCCAUCUUCGGCAUCCACAACUCCUUCGGGAUCCUCUACAUGAUGCUACAGAGCGACCUGGGCGAGGGGAAUAAGGACCCCGCGCUGGAGUUCAAAACAGCAUGGGUCGGCUCCUUGGCCAUGGGCAUGAUUUUCUUCUGCUCUCCCAUCGUCAGCAUCUUCACCGACCGGAUCGGCUGCAGGACCACGGCAGCCACGGGAGCUGCCAUUGCCUUCAUCGGGCUGCUCUCCAGCUCCUUCACCAAGUCUCUGGAAGUUCGUUAUUUCACCUAUGGGAUCCUCUUUGGCUGUGGCAGCUCCUUCGCCUUCCAGCCCUCGCUGGUCAUCCUUGGUCACUACUUCAAGCGCCGCCUUGGCUUGGCCAACGGCAUCGUGGCCGGCGGCAGCUGCCUCAUCUCCGUGCCACUUCCCUUCUUUCUGAAGAUUGUUGGGGAAGCCAUUGGGCUGGCACAUACUUUCCAAGUACUCAGUGCCUUAAUGCUCAUCCAGAUAUUCUUGUCCAUGACCUAUCGGCCCAUCUUGCCACCUUCUUGUGACUCUCAGCAGGAUGGGCGGGACAAGCUGGGCAGCCGGAGCAUGCGGCAGCAAUGCUGGUCCCAGACACGCAAGUAUUUCAACUUGAGGAUUUUCCGGAGGAAGACCUAUCGGAUUUGGGCCUUUGGGAUCGCUACUGCUGUCCUGGGAUAUCUUGUACCUUACAUGAACCUGGUAAAAUACGUGGAGAAGCGAUUUCAAGAAACCAAAAAGGACUGGAUCCUCCCAGUUUGCCUCGGAGCCAUGUCAGGGCUGGGGCGCUUGAUUGCAGGCCGCAUUGGUGACUGCAUUCCCGGGCUGAAGAAGAUUUACCUGCAGGUUGCAUCCUUCGUGCUGUUGGGCAUCCUGUGCAUGAUGAUUCCCCAGUGCCAAGGGUUUGAGGGUGUCAUUGUCAUCUGCCUCUUCCUCGGCCUUUGCGAUGGCUUCUUCACCACCAUUAUGGCCCCCAUUGCCUUCGAGCUGGUGGGGCCCAUGCAGGCGUCCCAGGCCAUAGGGUACCUCAUGGGGCUGAUGGCUGUGCCCAUGACCGCGGGUACACCAAUAGCAGGAUACCUCAAUGAUUACUUUGGGAAUUACGAUGCAGCCUUUUAUUUUGCUGGAGUCCCCCCCAUCAUCGGUGGCUUGGUGCUCUCUGUUGUCCCACUGGUCCAUCAGAGGAUGCUGAAGAAGCAGCGCCUGGAUUCUGGCAAAGACAAGAUGCUGUCCUCGGAGGCGGUGGUAAAUGGGGAGCUGCUGCCGGGCUGUCCAUCUUCUGAAGCACACAUAUAACACCCUGCUCACUGACACUCACUGUCACCACCAGCAGCCUCUCCAUAGCCCAAGCACAGGCCCUUUCCCAGAUGGACCGUAAUUCCCAGUGAUUGCAGACGCACUAUGUUUGUAAAAGAAAAACCCACACCAAGUUCUUCUAGUUAAAGGCCUUUAACUAGCAGAAAUACUCUUUUUGGGGGACAAUUUUGAUUUCAAAUCCUGUUUUUUUUCCUGUAACCAUUUUUCUAAGGACAACUUUCUCAUCAGGAUCCAAACUUGAUCGAUCUCCCGCUCCUCUCCCUGGUUUUCUAUAUGUCACAACAGAGGUUUACAGCUAAUAAAUGCCUUUUCAAAGCAGGCUGCAGCUGGAGCUUGAGGAAGCAGCUGCCCAUUCUUUGCCUCGGUGCCACUCGGGUGUCAUGUCGAAGCAGGACAGCCCCCUCCCGUCCAGCACCAGAGGCUGUUUUGGAGCCAGAAGAUCAGAAGAAGGAAAAAGGCUGCUUUAGUCCACACAAACCAAUGCACAAACCAAAUAAAUGGUCGGCAUGUCCUGCUUUAACCUUCUUGUCUCCUUUUCCACUGCUUUCCCACACACCAGGGAGCUGCAGCUGGGACGAUGGGGAGCUCGGCUGACUCCAGUCCUUCCACCCUCAUCCACCAGAGCCACAUGGGAGCACCGUGUUCCUGCAAAAUAUGCCUUAAAAAUGCAUGGAUGAGACCAGCAGGUCCUUUGGCAACUUUCCAUCUCUGUUUUUCUUGCUCAGUGACUAAUCACUGGGCUUUUAAGGUGUGAAAGAGAGGGGCAGCUCCCAGCACAGCCCACAGUAUCUGGCUCCACAAGGUGAAAGCCAUGGGCAAGCUGCUGAGAUGGACACUUUGGAGGUGUUGAGGCACAACAGGGUUGGGAUGGAGUCCCAUGUAUUAUGGGUUCACUCCAUGCCAGGAGGCAACUUCCCUGACAGGCACAGGGCACCCAUGGGUGCAUGGAUGCAGUUAGAUUGGGGUAGAGGGUGUCACUGCUCUUUUUUGAGGCCAGUUGUGUAUUAUGCAGCAAUAACCAUGUGUUAGUAGUGGCAGGGCAAGUCCUGUGUUUCCAAAGGGUUUAAAAGCCCUGGCAGUGUUUAACUCAGAGCUUGUGUGUUGCUGUGCAGAGCUAGUGCAGGGUCAAUGCUGUCCCCAGGGGGAGAGGGGUAGAGGUCAAGAAAGCAGCACAGUCCAUGGGCACCCACCACACAGAGCAAAGGCAGAGCUCAGCCUUGUGUAGAAGUUCUCCUGCCUUGGUGGGUCCCCAUGUCAAUGGUGCUCGUCAGGACCAGGGUACCUUUUCCUGGGAAUAACAACCCAGGAGAGAGCAAGAAACAAAGCUCAUGUUUAUCCUGGCUGCAAAACCAUCCUUCAUUGGAUUUUCAUUUUAUUCAGCUGCCAUUAAAAGAAGAGAAGCUUAGAGGGAUGUGUGGGGUGACAUGGGAAUCAUCCCUCAGUCCCCCCAUCCCUCAUGUAGGGGUUUGUAACACCAAGACAAAGCUUUGCUGUGGAAACUUGGUUUCAUUGGAGGCCGUCCUCCUGUGGGCAGUGGUGGAACCUUUGUAUAUAGGCUCAGGAUCCUGCAUGUCCCUCUGGUCCUGGUUUUAAUCCAUGUUGGCUAAUGCGUUAGAAGGUCUUGUGGUUUUGUGGCCCUUCUGUCCCUGUAUGAGCUGGAAAAUUAACUGGUAUGUUAUGACAUGUCUGCUUAUGACUAUAAAACGAGAUGUCCAUUUGUCUCUUUCUUCUAUACACUUUUCUGUGACUGUUAUUACCCUUCAUUGCCCAUAUUGUACCAUCUGCCUCAGUGCUACUGACCCAUUGCUUGGUUUAAGAGGUUACAGGAGGCAGUAGGAGCUUCAUCGGGAGGCAGGACAUUGCCAGGAGCUGAACCACGGUGCCCUUGAUCUGGCUGCAUUGGGAUUUGCUGGGUUUAUCCUAGGGCAAGGCGUUAAAGCGAUGUUUUUCAGUUGGCAGCAUUGGCAAUGGGGCAUCUUCAAAGCCAUCUGAUAGCUGAAAGAAAGAAAUACGUUGCAUCCUAACUCCUUUUGUGAGUUGGGGCCUUUAUCAGAGUUCAAGGAAGUUCUUUAAAUCAUGGUUUUGAUCUUAAUGCCCCCUGAAGGAAAGCUUAUGAGGGAUUUAAAUACAAAACAGCUUCUUCAGACCAACAAGAGGACAAACAGAGCUGCCUCAAACCCGUGUCUGGCCUGAGCAGGAGGCUGCAUGGCAGAGCCAUUUAUGACUGCACCCUCGUGAGACUUUGUUGUGGUAAAACCUUUCUGGUCCUAAGUGGUUUAUGGUUCAAAUCCCAAAUUUCUACAGAUUUCCACUUGCCUUAAAUGCUCUGCCUGCCUGCAAAAGUCUUUUCCCUGGGAGGAGCCUGCAUUCAGUGCAAUGAGUGCUUAACGCUGCAGCAGCACCAGACCAGCUCCAUGUCAGCCAGGAGCCAGCAAGACUUCCACUAGGGAUGGCUGUACCCAUGUUCAUCCCUCCUAAAUGGUGGUCUUUGCCCACUGCUCUUAUUCUCAGCCCUCUAGGAGAUUUUGAGUGAUGAGCUGCAUUCGUGGACCACCUGAGUUUGGUCAAAGGAAUCCACCCCUCAUGCUAUCCUGGACCAAUGUCUGGGACCGGCUUCCCAUAACCACUCUCAGCAUCUUUGUCUGGUCAAGAACCUGCCCUUGGUCAAGAUGAGGGCAAAUUCUGCGUCAGGGAAGGCAUGUUUGAGCAACAGCAAUGAAAGCUUCACCUCGUCUGCAAACACAGAUGGGAAGAGGAAGGGCAAAGGUUGGAGUAGUCUGUCAACAUAAAGGGGAGUAUUUUUGGGUUUGUUUGUGAGCUAAAUGCUGUCUCUGUGCGUGUGAUUUGUCCCUUGAGUGUUAGGCAGUUUGAAAGAAUUUUUGCAGACUCUGUGGCAUGUGAGAGGUGGGAUUGUGGCCAUUUGAGCAUCUGUAAGCAGGGAGAAAUUGCAUUGGUCUCCUAAACAUCCUCUUAGCCUGUUGUAGUCUGGUGCUGUGAUGCCAAAUAUGUCCCUACCUGUGCAAAAAGCUCAGUCCUAAAUCCCCUCCUGUUUCUUUCUAUCAGGAUCCGCUCAUCUUUGCCUAGCACAUCCAUGUCCUCCUCUGGAUGGGCGAGGGCUGAACAGGAGGCAACAUUCACAGUGAUGUAAGGCAGAAGUUCUUCCUUGUGAGGGCAGUGAGGUGCUGGCACAGAGUGCCCAGAGAAGCUGUGGCUGCCCCAUCCCUGGCACUGUUCAAGGCCAGGUUGGAUGGGGCUUGGAGCAACAUGGUCUAGUGGAAGGUGUCCCUGCCUGUGGCAGGGGGGUUGGAAUUGGGUGAUAUUAAGGUCCUUUCCAACCUGAACCAUUCUCUGAUUCUGUAAUUCCAUGAAAACUCCCUUUUACUCAGUUUUCCAAUAAAAAACCCCCAAACUUCUCCCUCCCCUGUGAGUGCUGGGCUGUGAUUCCUGUCCCCCUCCUUUGGUCUGGGAGGGGAAGGUGGAGCUUGACGCUCUGGGCUUGGCCAGUUUUGGGAACCACGGGAGCAGGUUGAGUCCCCUUGGUGGGAAAGGGGUGGAAGGAAGCGGGAGGGACUCGCUUUGCUCCGUGCCUGGGGUGUUUGGAGAGCUGCAGGCUUGCAUGUAGCCUUAUGUAAGUGUACAGCAAGCGCAGGACGUGUCCCAGCAGCGCCCUGCUCGGGGCUUGGCUGGGGCUGCCUUUCUAAAUCUUUAGCUUGAGGGUGUUCAAAACCAAGGAGUUGUCUUUUCUUCCCUUUUUCUUCUUUUUUUUUUUGGUGCUGCAGAGUGAGGUCUGGGGUUUAACUCCUCUCGCUCUGGCUGAGGGAUGGAGUGGGAGCACCAGCCGAGCUGGAAGGGCUCGGGGGGUACUUGUUUUCAGCUUUCGGGUCUCCUGGUGAUGGGCAGAUGAAUAGGGCAGCAGCUGCAGGAGCUGCCCAGGAUGUGCCAUGAUUCAUGGUUUAGAGCUUCUUUUGCGUUGUGAAACAAAGCUGGAACCAUCUGUGAGAGCUGCUUCAUUGCAGCGUGCCCUGCCCUGAGGUCCCAUGGCCAGAGAAAUGCAUGUUUGUAAGUCACAUAGCUGAAACUUAACGAAUUCCGGCCACUCAUUGGCUGGGCUUGAGGUUUCCUAACAUUGUCCUGCUGUGGGAGCUGUGGGAAGGCCACAUCCUAAUUACCAUCAAAGCUUAAGGGCUUUUGCAGGUCUGCUGCGGUACCGUGGGGUUUGGGACCCCUUCUUUUUGGCUCUGCCUCCCACCAUUUUGGGUGGUUUGUAACCCUCCGGGCUGAGCUGCCUGGUCCGGAGGAGCCGGGAGCAGAAGGUGGCCUGCAGCUGGGCAAGGACAUUCCUGCCCUUCCUGUCUGACAGUGCCACGAUGAUAGAACGCCUCUUCUGGCGUUGGUACGUUGGUGCUAGGAGCGAUUUGCACUGGGCAGUCUGAUUUGGUGCUGAGGAUCUCAUCUACGCUUGCUCAGAUCACUCUGGUUCAGCAUCUUGGGAGGCUGAGGGUGGAUUUUAACCCUGGCUGACAUCUGCAUCUGUAUGUGGCCAUACAGUCCUCAGAGUAACAACCGGCAUAAAGGUAACUUGGACCAAAUCCUCUGGACACAGAGGAGGGCAGAUCCAGCUGCCCCUUGCCACCCCUCCAUCCUUCACUGCAACCAUUACCAGCUUUCAUGUGCCUCUGUACCCAACAGUUUUGUUUGGGGUUACCUAGGUUGUUCUGGCUUCAGUAAUUUUCACGCUGGUGGAGUUUGUUUCUCCUUAUCCAGCUGGAAGCAGAAAACUGGAAUGACUUUGAAAGCCCCAGCUCCUUUGCCAAGGCAAGCGGGGCAGACCCCUCCCGCCACUCAGCCACUGCCUUUCUGCCACAAAACCCACACUUGGGCAGCUCUUUUGGGCACUUCUGUUUAAUCUCUGGGAAGAAUGAUGUGAUUGAUGGGCGCUCCUUAAAUACUCCUCCAAUGUCCUCUGCAUAAUGCAGGGCAGGGAUGGAGCUGGCACUGUAUAAAGGGGCUCAUCCAGCAAGCAAUAAACCAAAAUAAAGCUGUUCCCCUUCUUUUGGAGAGCUCUUGGAAGGAAAGCAGACGUGGGGGUGGAUGGAGCUGCCAUCCCUCUGCAGCUCUGAGUGGGUUUUGUGGCUGAGCCCCAGGGGUGGCUGUAGGGGUGACUGUCCCCAUGGCCAAGGGGUGACCAUUGCUCGGGGCACUUUAUCAGCUUGGCAUGGCAGCUCCAUGGACUUUAGUCCUGCUGACAGCAAGGUUAUCACUGGGCUUUGGCAGGUCCAUCCUGCACAGCCCCUUUCGGGGUGAUUUGUUGUUUUAUCUUUGCAAACGUUGCAAUACCCUUAGUGCUCCCACCACGGACAGACGCUGCCAAUGUCCCCGUGUCCCCUCUUCCCACCCCAGCCCUGCCACGAUGGUGGUAAAGCAUCAGGACUGAUUGCAGGAGCAGGGCUUGGGUCCCCGGUCCCGGCGAAGGCAAAGCAGGAGGGUAAAGACACACAGACUCUCCUGUUUUCUGCCAAACAUGGCUUUGGAAGGAGGUUUUGUACCUCUGAAGUUUCUCCUCUUUUGUGUAACAUACUUCCCAACACUCACCCUCCAUCCACCUCCAACCAGCAAAGCAAGCGUAGCUCUUAACCGUAGCCUUAGAGGCAAGACUUAGUGUCUAUUUUACUAAGCAAUGAAGCUUUUUCUCUUUUUUGUUUGUUCAUUUUUAAUCAUGGCCUGUAAGACAAGUUGUUUACUGGAGCAGGUUUUUGUGUAGCAUCAUUGCUGGUUGGUGACGGCCAGAUUGCCUGAAUGCCGUUGGGUUUUUGGCUUCAAUCAAAUCAUUUUGGGAAAGAACACGGCUUCUUGAGGCCUCAAGUCUCCCAGCAUAUCCUGUUUCAGCCAUUUAAACCUAUUAAAGCUGGAGACAGGACAUUUCUGAAGAGGCUGAGGGCAAUUAGGAAAUUGCCCCGCUCUCCCUCCCCUGCCCUGGAAUCCAGCAGGAUGAAGCCAAAUAUUUGCUUUUGGAUGGGUGGGUUCGGAGCCAACUCCACACAAAAGCACUGGAGCAAGGCUUGAAUUUUGGGUAACUCAUGAGACAGCUUGUUUUUAAGACAGGACCUCCAGUCCUGCUGCCAUCACCCCCUGGUUAGUGGAGCCUGCUGCAGUACCUUUCUCCAGCCCUGCUGCAGCCCAAGGCUGUUGUGGUCAGUGUCAGCUCCGGAUGGAAAAGCUCCUGCCCCAAACCGGGUCCUGCGAGGUGUUCUGGGCUGAAAGAGUGGUGUGAAAGCAACUGCAAUUCCAUGCAGAAGUCAGGCCUUGAAGUCCAAAAUGAUUCCUUUUUUUUCGUUUGUGCCAUCUGCUCCUUGUAAGCCAUUUAUAUUCCCUUCAAAUUUUGUAUCCAGAAGUCAAGUAUUUGAAUGUGUGUCUUAAAAAGUAUGAGUAUCCUUUCGAAAUGUGAAUUUCUGGUUGUUGAACUGCAAAAAAAAAGAAGAAACAAACCUCCCCCUAUUAGCACAUUUUUGUAAUUAAUGUUUUAUGAAUGUUGUUUAAAAAAAUGGUGUAGAAUAAAACCAGUUUAAAAAGGAAAA